AUGUCUGUCAUUCCAAACUCGCCGUAUGCUCUCCGUCGUGCGGAAUACCGUUAUACGACUCCGCCUCGCACACAGCGCUCAGAAUUGAUCUGUCCCCCAGCUCCGCGUAAGCCCCGAAAGCGCCCAGUGCUCACCCCAGACAUGGUUCGUGAUAUUCCCGAAUUUCAUUUCACACCUGUCAAGAGAUUCCAGACGCCGCCGCCACCGACCGGUACCAAUUUCAUAUGCCCCCCUGCUCCCAGAAAGAAGGUUAGAGACGAGCGCUUUUCGACAGCACUUCAUGGUCAUGAAAGUCCCAUCGCAGCUUUGCAAGCGACGUCCUAUUACUGGCUCAGAUCAAGAAAGGUUCCAAACACCAGAGGUAUAGGAACAGCUUUACCAGCUCGACGCUCUAACAGAAGUGAAAGAAUGUAUAUGGAAACUAUGCGCACCCGUAAAUUCCGCCAACCUAGCCGUACCAACAAGCCCUCUCCUGUCUGCUAG